CAGGAAUCAAAACAACACACGGACACGCCCUCUUCUUCUUCUGCUUCUGCUUCAUGGUGCACCUCGGCUGUCAAAAUGGCCCGGACGUCGACGACGACAACGACCAGCACGACGCCGCCGCUGACCAUCAGAGCCCCAUGAUCGUAUCUGUGUGCUUUGGCGCGCGCGACUGACAAUGCCAUCGGCGCGAGGGACGCGUGCGGACGGUCAGCGUUAACGUGUGCGUCGUUUCCUAUCGAGAGAGCGCAGCACCAUCAUGCCGAGCCAGAAGAGCAACAAGGGGAAGAGAAAUAAGCGCACUAACAGCAGCGGAGAUGAACAGGAAAAUGGAGCCUCCGCAGCAGGAGCAGGAGCAGCAGCAGCAGCAGCAGCAGGAGCAGGAGCAGGAGGAGGAGGAAGCACUGCAUUAGUAGGAGCUACAGCCGCUCCACAAAGCGGUAAACGAGAGGCGCUGUGUGCCACGCCGCUCGUCUGCAGUUUAAACCGCACCGUUGACCUCGAGAAGGACGACUACCAGCGGGUCCUGUGCAACAGCGAGCAUUGUCCUUAUGGCAACUGGAUGCAUCUCCAGUGCUUCUAUGAGUGGGAAAGCAGCAUCCUGGUACAGUUCAACUGCAUCGGCCGAGCUCGUAGCUGGAACGAGAAGCAGUGCAGGCAGAACAUGUGGACCAAGAAGGGCUAUGACCUGGCCUUUCGCUUCUGCUCCUGUCGCUGUGGCCAGGGUCACUUAAAGAAGGACACUGACUGGUACCAGGUCAAGCGCAUGCAGGACGAGCGCAAGAAGAAGGUGGUGUCUGAGAAAAGUAGCGGGAAGGCCAGCGCAGGAGGAGGAGGAGGAGAGGCCUCAGAGGAGCUGAAAAAAGGUAAGACGUCUAAUAAACUGCCUCACCGCGGCUCCAACCAGGACCUCUCACGCCGCCAGUCUGUGGAUCGGCAGAACUCUCAGGAGCGGAGCCACGCGGCAAGCGGCGUCGGGGUGAACCUGGGUGCUCGCUCACCCACCGACUCCCCUGGUCAGUCUCCACCGCUAGGCUUCUCCUUCUUCACGCCUCAGUCGGUCGGCGCGCCACGCAGCUCGCGACACCUGGGUGAAUUCCUUAAAAACGCAGUUCACAUGGAAGGAAACAGGAAGCAUUUGCUGGUGGGUCAUGUUGCCGGCCGGGGAACUCUUCAAGUGGAUCACGGGGCGGGUGGUUUGUGUCUGCCCCGCCUUACUCAGGGCGACGGCCCGGUGCAGUUCCUGAAGAGGCUGGACCUCUCCGAGCUGCUGGCGCAUGUCCCUCGGCACAAGCUCAACACCUACCAUGUGCGCAUGGAGGACGACGCGCAGGCUGGACAGGGCGAGGACUUGAGGAAGUUUAUUCUGUCUGCUCUCAGUGCCAGUCACCGCAACGUGGUCCACUGCGCCCUGUGCCACCGCAUGCUGCCCAUCUUCGAGCAGUUUCCGCUGGUGGACGGGACGCUGUUCCUCAGCCCCUCGCGACACGACGAGAUCGAGUACGACGUUCCGUGCCACUUACAAGGGAGGCUGAUGCACCUGUAUGCUCUCUGUGUGGAUUGUCUGGAAGGUGUGCACAAAAUCGUGUGUAUAAAGUGCAAAUCCCGAUGGGACGGAAGCUGGCACCAGCUGGGUACGAUGUACACCUACGACAUUCUGGCUGCUUCACCUUGUUGUCAGGCCAGACUGAACUGUAAGCACUGUGGGAAGCCUGUGAUUGACGUGCGAGUGGGAAUGCAGUAUUUCUCGGAGUACAGUAACGUCCAGCAGUGUCCUCACUGUGGAAAUCUGGACUAUCACUUCGUCAAACCUUUCUCCUCCUUUAAAGUCCUGGAAGCUUAUUGACAAAAGUUCUUCAUGCAUGCUAGUUUCCUUCCCUUUAUUUUCUUCCUAGGGAAAUUUAUUGGUCUGAAUUCUUUUUGUUUAUUUUUAUUAUUAUUAUUAUUUUUUUUAAUGAAACCGAGGUGAGAGAGUGAUGGCAGUUAAUCCGAGGAUGGACACAGGAAGUGCUUCACUGUUUGUCCGGCAGAUCUUCUCACCUGGCAUUUACACCCACAGAACAGAGUUCUACUGUGACGAGUGAAUGUAUCUGUACAUGCCAAAUUCACCCUUUUUGUACAAAGAACAAAUAAAAUAAAAU